UCAGCUCUGGAGAGAAACAACGGUUGGCCAUGAGUGCAGGGGUUGCGGAUGGUCGGAAUGCCGUAUCAAUGGCUACGCGGCAUUUUUGGGUGGGCUGGCGAUGUUAAUCAGAGGGCUAGGCUUUCUGGUAGUUACCUGGACCACCGUCGUUCUUCUGGGUGGCUUCGUCUCCCUACUGCACAAGAAGGAUUUUUGGUCUCUCACGGUGAUUACACUCAUACAGAUAUCGAGGGUGGUCGAUAACUAUGGGGGUGAGAACUGGAGCUCAUUUGCGGCGUCAUCAAGGGGAUUGAAUGCGGUACGCUCAGUAUUUGCACGGGGCAGGAUGGAUGAUGACAAUAUAAGAGCUGUACUGUUGGUUAAGCAAAUUUUAGGAUGUAUUGCAUUCUGGGUCCAACUAGCGACGUACGCCAUUCUAUUAUUAUGCAGUGCUGCUGUUAUCUUUCAUGCGGGGCCGUUUAUCGCUAUCGGGGUUUCCCUGUGGCGUUUAAAACAGCAUGAUUACGGUAACUCUGAUGGAGAUUCUAGCACAGCAAACAUGAAGCCGGCCCUUGAUGUCUUGUACAUCAUUGUUGUGGUCCAAGGUGCAAUCAUUAACUACAGUCUAAUGCUCAAUGCUCUUGUGCCGAAAAAGCUAGUGGCCGUAGUGGCCAAAAUAUACGGCUUCGAAGGUCCAGGUGUCGCAUUAGUUAAGAAAUACAUGAUAGAAACAAGGAAGGGAUGCGCGAAGCACCCGUCGUUCGCCAAAGGAAGGAACCUGGUGACAUAUGCUGUGGACCUGAUGGCGCAUGAUAAGUUGCCUCAAGACUACCUCUCCGGGUUGAAGAUCCUGAGAACAAUCCUCGGACCACUGGACCAGAUGAAAUCGAAUAAGUUUAAGGAGCAGCGCAUGCUAAUAAGACAGCUGAUCUUGUACGCACCAUCCAGCCACAUCUUCCGCCGCCUGUUGGUCCUAUCAAAUCCGAGAGGCUACCCAUAUGGCACAGAAAAGAGUGCACAAAGAGAGAUGACCAAGCACGCAGCGAGUAUAGUGGUGCACAUAGCAGACGGGGCCAGUGAGGAGCAGAUUCCCCAAGUGAUCCAGUGCAUGUCAUCACUGAUGGGCACAUUCGAAGAAAGUGAGCAUUAUCCCGAGGAGGAGGACUACCUGAAGCGGUUGUGGGAAUGUCUGCAUGUUCUUUUUUUGUUCGCAGCCGACGAGAACAAUUGUAUACUCAUCAUCCACGCUCGAGGUUUGCUCACCAAGAUCCUGACGCCUCUAACCUCCGACCACUACCACCAAAAUAAUCAUGAAGAUUGGGGGGACGUACUAGCGGAAUCACUGAAACUGAUUAACCGGCUCACGACUGUUCAUGGUCAUGGACAAACCCUGCUUCGGGAUAUCUCAACCAACCAGGAAGCAGUCGAGCCAAUGAACAGGAUUCUCGGGUGUGCUGAAUGUGAUGAUAAAGAACAGAAGGCAUUGAUCAUAAGGAUUUUCACCGAACUACACGUGCAGGUGCAGCUCCCAAACAGAGUAAAUUUCAUCGAGAUGCUAGCAGACAUCUACACUUACACUGCCGUCGGCUCCACCAGAAUACCUGGGCCAGCCAGAAUAGCGGCACUUGAAGCACUGGCGAAGCUAUGUUCCCGAGAUGGAAGCAAUGCCAGGAUUAUUUUACAAGUAAAUGGUUCUGCAGUUUACUCUUUCACAGGGGAUCUUGACGCUGCAAGUAAUGGAUAUUGCAGAUACCAUAUAAGUGUAGCGGAAAUCCUACAGCAUGCUUGUCUCCAUUACACUAGGGAUGAUGAAUGCCUCGGAGUACUCAAGGGAUCCAUGACUUACGUGAUGCCAAAGGUGCUCACCAAAAUACUUACAGGUCAAGAAGGCGCUGCUUCGCAAAAUAAUUGCCAGCACAGGAUAAUUCAAAAACAGCAAAUAGAGAAAGCUCUAUUAUCCCUUGGCGUGACAGUACAUGAGAUGUUCAUCAGUGCUGAUCAGGAUUUGGCUGUUCAUUUUGAUGGCGCAAUUGGUGAAUUUAGCCUUCCGGUGAAGCUCAGGGAGAUGGUACAAAGAAACAGUGACCCCACGGCAAGUUGCCUUAUUAUACUUAAGCUUAUCAGCAGAAUGGUCAUAUCGAUGAUGAAAUGCAGAGGUAGCAGAUACCCCAAGCCAGACUUGGAGAGCUUGGUGGAUGCACUGUGGAAGGCUUGCAGCAGAAAGAUGUAUUUUAUUGACAGCUCCAUGGAUUUCGCAAGCGGUGACCACGCAGCGAAGCCUCACAGGAUUCUGGAUUCAUUUGUCAUAGAAGCAAUGGAGCUUGUUCGCAACUACAGGGAAACGGAAGUCAUGUCGCCCCAUACCAUUGUCGGUGGGGAGCUCUCAUCCAAUUAAGACCUUAUCAUUCGCCUGCUUUAUUUAAUAUUUGUGUUGAGCGUUCAUCUUAUAACCAUGUCAAGAAUCAACUAUGUUAUGCCAUAUCUCAGUGUAUCUCUGAAACUAGUACCAUGUUAAGAUUCAACUAUGCUAUGUCAUAUACUCAGAUAUGUCGGUGUACCUCGGAAACUAGUAUUUACCAUGUUAAGAUUCAAGUAUGCCAUGUCACUCAUAUCUCAGUCUAUCUCGGAAACUAGUACCAUGUCAAGGAUGAACUUUUUUGUGUCACUCAUAUCUCAGUGUAUCUCUGAAACAAGUACUUGUUGAUUGUGCAGGGCAACGAUUUUUUCUCUAACUAGGCGGGCAGGGGCUGUUCCACCACCAGGUCGGCUGAGAGAAUCGAAAAAUAACGGAGGUAUUUGUUGGAACUUACAAUUAUCUGCCAGUGCAAUGGAGGCCGCUCGUGACGGCGAGCUCCUAGCAGCAACUUGCCCGGCUGCGUGUACGCGGUCGGUGGGAUGGUCGGGGGGAGGAGGUGAAGCCGGAGGCGAUCCCGGGGGAGCCGCGAGCGCUGCUAGGGUUAGCCGCAGGAGUGCGCGAGAGGCGACCCAGAGGGUGGAAUCUGUAGAGGAGAGUGCGAGGGGUGGGACGCACCUGCGGAGGCAGCCGGAGGAGAUAUCGCCCGCGACGCGAGCGCCAUGAGAGAACA